GGCAAUCCCAGCAUACAGCGCGCGCUUCAUUAGCAUAAAACAGUCCGGUAUCUGCACGAAUCGCGGGAACACAUCUACAAACACAUCGAGUUAUAACGCAAUAUAAACACACCGCGACAAACAUGAGCGACAACGAGAAACUGGACAACCAGCGGCUGAAGAACUUCAAGAAUAAAGGACGCGAUCUGGAGACGAUGAGAAGACAGAGAACUGAAGUGGUAGUUGAACUCAGAAAGAAUAAACGAGACGAGCACCUGCUGAAGAGGAGAAACGUGCCACACGAGGACAUCUGUGAUGAUUCUGAUGCUGAUGGAGAUUUCAGAACGCAAAACACUUCUCUGGAAGCAAUAGUGCAGAAUGCGACCAGUGAUAAUCAGGGAAUUCAGCUGAGCGCUGUGCAGGCCGCACGGAAGCUGCUGUCGAGUGACCGCAACCCUCCAAUAGAUGACCUGAUCAAGUCUGGUAUUCUGCCCAUCCUCGUGCACUGUCUGGACCGAGAUGACAACCCCUCUCUUCAGUUCGAGGCGGCCUGGGCUCUCACCAACAUCGCAUCAGGCACGUCUGAGCAGACGCAGGCCGUGGUGCAGUCAAAUGCUGUUCCUCUGUUCCUGCGUCUGCUGCAUUCUCCUCAUCAGAACGUGUGCGAGCAGGCCGUCUGGGCUUUAGGGAACAUCAUCGGUGAUGGUCCUCAGUGCAGAGAUUACGUCAUCAGUCUGGGUGUGGUCAAACCCCUGCUGUCCUUCAUCAGUCCCUCUAUACCCAUCACCUUCCUCCGCAACGUCACCUGGGUCAUGGUCAAUCUGUGCCGCCACAAGGACCCGCCACCACCCAUGGAGACCAUCCAGGAGAUUCUGCCAGCGCUGUGUGUGCUCAUUCACCACACUGAUGUCAAUAUUCUGGUGGAUACUGUUUGGGCUCUGUCCUAUCUCACUGAUGCUGGGAAUGAACAGAUACAGAUGGUCAUUGACUCUGGUAUCGUGCCGUACCUCGUACCCUUACUCAGCCACCAGGAGGUCAAAGUGCAGACGGCAGCGCUGCGAGCGGUGGGGAAUAUUGUGACAGGAACUGAUGAACAGACUCAGGUGGUGCUGAACUGUGAUGCUCUGGGUCACUUCCCAGCACUCCUCUCACACCCCAAAGAGAAGAUCAACAAGGAAGCCGUGUGGUUCCUGUCCAACAUCACGGCGGGGAACCAGCAGCAGGUCCAGGCCGUUAUUGAUGCCAAUCUUGUGCCCAUGAUCGUUCUGCUGCUGGAUAAGGGUGACUUCGGCACUCAGAAGGAGGCGGCGUGGGCCAUCAGCAACCUGACCAUCAGCGGAAGAAAGGAUCAGGUGGCAUACCUGAUCCAACAGCAGGUGAUUCCUCCCUUCUGUAACCUGCUGACAGUGAAGGAUGCUCAGGUAGUGCAGGUGGUGCUGGACGGACUCAGUAAUAUUCUCAAGAUGGCUGAUGAUGAUGCGGAGACCAUCGCUAACCUCAUUGAGGAGUGUGGAGGUUUGGAGAAAAUCGAGCAGCUGCAGAAUCAUGAGAAUGAGGACAUUUAUAAACUGGCUUAUGAAAUAAUCGAUCAGUUCUUCUCAUCUGAAGAUAUUGACGAGGACGCUAACCUGGUUCCAGAGGCGAUCCAAGGAGGAACUUACGGGUUUAACUCCUCUACCAAUGUGCCAGCAGAAGGGUUCCAGUUCUAGAAGGUGAAGCGACACGUGGAGUUUUGUUUGUGAUGCAGCACUCUGUUCAACAUUAAAAUAAUUAGAAAGCGAGAGAGAGCGCGAGAGAGUGAGAAAUAUUAGAUCUGUUGUGCUUUGCUGAUGGGAUCCACGGCUGCAUCUAAUCCAAGAGAAAUUGAGUGGCGUUUGUUUGGAAUUCUGCAGAAGCGGAUGUCCAAAUGACGUUUGAGAUGACGAGCGAGUGGAUGCGAGUGAGUGAGUGGAUGACUACUUUUCAAAACACAACCAUCAAAACUGAACACGCUCGGAGCGAACUUCACUAGAACCAUCUGGCGUGUGUCUUUUCAACGAAAACAAAAUCAAACCAAUGGGAAUAAACGAAGAUAUCACACAUUAGUAAUCUGAGGCAAGAACGCUUGAGAACCUCACCAAGAACAAUGACGGAAAGAACACGCUUCUGAGGUGGCCUCACCAGCGCGCUGUGUCCGGAUACGUGUGUGUAUGAGUGAGUGUGUGUGUAUGAAUGACCCCUGAGCUGAGGGGCCCGAUCUUCUGACGUGCUGGAGAACAAACCCAGCCGACCGCAGCUCUCUCCCCUGCACGCUGGCGGGGUCCCGCAGUCCAGUGGCACAUUAUUGUGCUGUGUGUGUGUGCUUGACUGGCUGGCUGGUGAAAUGCAGGACUGAAUGUAACGGAACACAUGAGUUGAUAUCGAAAAAAUCUAAUAUGUCCAAGGUGACAAAUCUGGAAAUUUAAUGGGGAAAUACGGAACAGCCCGGAGACACAUAAUAUUCACCUUCGAUGGAAUGACAUCAAUUAUCUAAAGAAGACGAAUGUCAUUUACAUUUAGUUUACCCUUUUUUCUUAAAAAAAAAAAAUGGUUUAGUAUUGAUGACACUGGACUGAGCUUUGGGAGCAGAGUUGCAUUAAAGAUCAAUCACGUGGUUUUUGGGGACGUGCGUUUUGCCCCAGUGUGUUUUUCUUUCCCCCCGUUUAUUGUUUGGUUUUUAUUUUCAGUGCUUGUGUAAGAGCAUAUAAUUCACAUUGCACUGUUUGCACAAAUCUCGGGCUGUUGUACAUUUAUGACCCUUACCACUCUACUUAAAUGAUACUUGCACUGCUUUUCAUUUUCUGUUCUUUAAUAGAAUUCGGACUGCAUUUGCGUUCAUCUGUCACAUGAUCAUAUGGGGGGUGUAUUAGACAGAUGGCCUUUUAUGUAUGACAGAUUUCACACACAUCCUUUGCAUGUGCUAAACUGCAGCAUAGUUCAUUUUAAUGGAUUUUAGUUUGGUAAAUUAGUUUUUGUUUUUUUAAAGAACCUGCUGUAUUGUUUCUGUGAUUGUUUCUGCACAUUUACGCCCCUCACUGUUCCUGACUGACAAGCAAUUCUACGUUUUGCACAGUGUAUUCUGGAGCUUAAAGAUUCUCAAGAUGGACAUGCCGAUGUCCUCCGACUGUAUGUGUAGUGCAGAUCCAGAGUAGUUGUUUUUGUAGUCCUGUUCUGUGUUGAGCUACAUUAAAGCGGUUGGAUGUCUUUGAGUCUUCUCGCUGCCCGCAGACUGUGUGCCGUGCCUUCAUCGCAAUGCACGCACAAAUAACGGAAUGAAUGCGCUGUUUCCAUUGUAGAUUUAUGAUUUAUUUUUAUUUGACUGUAGAGCUUUCCUCCGUUUUGCAUAACCUCUUAGUUUUAAUUUACACCAUCUCUCCCUCCUCAGUUUGCAAAUGUGUAGUUUCAAAGAAGAAAAACAAUAGCUGGUGUACCUAACCUGUUGGACAGACUACAGGCUCUGUACCUAUUCAAAUAAAUAUUCAAACUGUCA